GUUUGAAAAUCAAACCACAAUCACAAUGAACAGAAGUUUGAUGUCAUUUUGUUAAAUUAUUAAGUCACCAAAAACACUCAUCGUCAUAAAUAAAACGAUUAUAAAAUUGUAAGAAGAAAUCAAUGGCAUAGUAUAUUUCAGAAUGAAUGUCGUUUUAAGAACCCACCACAUAAAAAACUCCCGUUCGAAACUACUGAAAAAUUUCGGCCAUCAUCUACAGACGCAAUGUCUGUGCAAUGCGAAUUUUCAUUUAUCAAGUACAUCUGAUUCAACACAAUUUUAUUCCAUCCCCAAUUCAAUAUCUUACAAGCUUUUGAAUAAUUUUACCAGCAACUUCAAUCACUAUCCAAUACGCUUUAUUUCAUUGUCAAAUAUCAGACUUGAGAAAGAACCUCUGAAGCAUUCUUCCAAAUUGGAAGCAACAAUACAAGAAUUAAAAAAGCAACAAGAGGAAGAGCAAAAGAAAACAGCUGCUGCUGCUGCAGCAACAGCAAAGGCCACUGGCACUGAAGUUGCCAAAGCAGUAACAAAGAAAUCCAUCCCCCAGAGAGUUUGGGAUGAACUGGUUCACUACUACCAUGGUUUUAGACUACUAUUUAUUGAUGCCAAAAUCUCUUCUGGCUUGGUAUGGAGAGUGCUCAAUGGCAAAACUCUCACCAGAAGAGAGUACAGGCUGCUCACUAGAACUGUGGGAGACCUGUUCAGAUUAGUGCCCUUCUCAGUGUUCAUUAUUGUCCCUUUUAUGGAAUUGCUGCUGCCUGUUUUCAUAAAGUUCUUUCCUGGAAUGCUUCCUUCUACAUUUCAAACUAGUGUAGAACAGGAUGACAAGAUCAAGAAGAGCUUGAAAGUGAAGCUUGAAAUGGCCAAGUUUUUACAGGGUACUUUGGAUGAUAUGUCUGGGCAACACACAGACAGGAGCAGUGAUAGAGCUAAGGAAUUUGUGGGAUGGUUCAAUAAGAUGAGAACUUCAGGAGAGCAGGUCUCAAAUGAAGAAAUCAUGAAGUUUUCCAAAUUAUUUGAAGAUGAAAUAACCUUGGAUUCCUUAUCGAGGAGUCAACUUAUUGCCCUGUGUAGAGUUUUAGAUGUACAAACUUUAGGAACAAAUAAUUUUCUACGUUUUCAACUACGAAUGAAAUUGCGAUCUUUAGCUGCCGACGAUAAAAUGAUACAAAAAGAAGGUGUCUCUAGUUUAACAUUGGCUGAAGUACAACAAGCCUGCAGGGCACGCGGAAUGCGUGCUUACGGUUUGAGCGAACAGCGCUUGAGAUCCCAGCUCAGCGAUUGGCUGGACCUGAGCUUGAACGAAAAAGUGCCCCCCUCUCUGCUGCUCCUCUCCAGGGCUCUGAUGCUGCCCGAGACCAUUCCGACCAGCGACAAGCUCAAAGCGACCAUUUCCGCCUUGCCGGAGACCAUCGUCAAGCAAACGCAAGCUGCUAUCGGUGAAAAAGAAGGCAAAAUCGAUAACAGAGUCAGGUUGGAGCUUCUCAAAGAGGAAGAGAAGAAAAUCAAGGAGGAACGCGAGGAGCAUCGUGAAGAAAAGAAGAAAUUGGAAAAGGACAAGGAAGUGCUCAAAGACAAGGAAAUUUUGGAAGACAAGGCGCCGAUUAUAUCUGCCGGCGCUACUCCUUUGAUAGAAGACGCGGCGGUGAAAUUGGAAAAAGUCGACAAGAAAGAAGAACCAUUGCAAUCCAAGGACUUUGAGAUCAUUGAACAUGCCAUUGAUACUGUGUCCAAGGAAAAGAAGUUGAUUGUUGAGAAGGAAGAGAUCCAGGAACUCAAAGCAGAGAUGGCUGACUACAAGGAAGAUGUUGAAGAUUUAGCUAAAAUCUUAGCUACCCAACAAAAACCGGAAAUCAAGGAAAGCAAAGCGGCCAAACGUCUGUUCAAGAGCGUCAAUAAAUUGAUCGGCAAAUUGGACACAGUGAUGACGGAUCUGGAGAAGAAAGAGAAGCAGCUGAAGAAGGACCUGGAAACGGAAACAGAAACAGAAAAGAAGAAGGAGGAACUGUUGAAGAUCGAUGACAUAAUUGCCGCGAUCAACAAAAUCAAAGAUGUGCCCGAUCAGAAGAGAUUAGAACAGAUAACGAACGUUUUGAAAAAGAUGGACGACGAUCAUGACGGCUCUUUGAAAAUCGAAGAUGUCUUGAAGGUGAUCGAGAUCAUCGGCAAAGAAAACGUCAAACUGAGCGCCAAACAAAUCGACGAACUCAUCGAUCUGCUCGACAAAGAGGAAAUCCUCGAGGUCGAAGACAAAAUCGAGAAGGCCCUGCAAAAAGACAAGGAAGCCAAAGACGCGCAACAGGCGGCCGACCAGGCGAAGGUCGAAGAGGGCGACAAGGCCGAUGCCGAAACGUCGAAGAAAUCCGGUGAGAAUUCAAAGAAAACUUCGUCCUCGUCUGUCAAUAAUUCGUCGGUUCCCAAAUCGAAAAUGGACGCGCAGGCCGUUAUCGCACCACCUCCGCCUAGUAGUAUCGAUAAAAAGAGUGGUAAAGAUAACGCGAAAAUGCUUUAGCGUAACGCGAAUUCGAAUGAUUUUCCCUAAUUUAAAAUGAAGUUGUAAGUAAAUCUUUCUUUAUACAUAGAUAUAUAUUUUGUUUAGCUGUGAAACAAGUGAUUCGAUAAGUACUAAUAUGGAUGAAUUUUUAUUUGUUUGGUUUGUUAUUUUUUUUUAUAUACAAGGUGAUUUUAAUCGCGUACCUCGAAUUGAAGGGCUCAUAAACAAAGCCGAAUUAUGAAGAAAUUUCAAGUAGGUACUUUUUUUUUCUGUGACGGGAAAAAAGUUUGACUUUUCAUCUCUGUUGACAGGUAACAAUAUAUCACUUUUUAGGAAAAUAGAAUUUUUUCUACUAGCCUGCUGGAAAGUCCACCUUUUGGCACUCAUUUAAGUGUUGAAAGAGUCAGUUUUCCGCACUAGUGGGAAAAAAACAUAUUUCCGCACAUAGUGCGGAAAUGUAAACUUGUAAAAUUGUUGGCGAGUAUACUGACAUAUGUAAAUUUAAUAAUAUAAAUUAAUAAAUGUUCCUUGAUUUCAACUUUUGGGUUUUUUCUGCACGCUAGUAGAAAAAAUAGUGUACCUGAAGAAUUACUUUUCCGCAUGCGAUUGCAGAUGGCCGAACGACGCCAUUACAUAGCUAGUGUGGAAAAAAAACUCAUGAUGUUCGUUGAUGCGGUGACUGCACGAUCUACCUGUCUGCCCAAUAUAUGACGAGCUUACACUAUCUCUAUAUCGAGAAUCAGUCGGGAGAAAUCCAUGAAAAUAUGCAUACGUAUAUUUUGGAAUACGCUCUCUUCAUUUAAAAUAUUUUCAGUAAUGCAGUGUUGCCGCUUCUACCAAAAAGUAGCAACAACUUUGUUAUUUCAAAUAGGAUACCCUGUUUUUUAUUGCACUUUUAGAUUCUCCCUGGAAAGCUGAUUUCAUCGAUACAUCACACUAAAAGAUUACAGAGAUAUAGGGUGUUCAAAAUCGAGAUUUUUCAACAUUAGGAUUUGUUUGUGUCGAAACUAUUUAUUAUCGGUCAAAACGGCUCACAUAAUUGUCCCUAUCUCAACUUUUGAUUUACCUCUUACUGAUAUUUAAUCGGAACAGAUACAGGGUGAUCAGAAUUCUGAAACUUUUGACCGAUAAUGAAUAGUUUCGACACAAAAUCCUAAAGGUGAAAAAUCUCGAUUUUGAACACCCUGUAUCUCUGAAAUCUUACUGGAUAGACCCCAAGUGUGACACAUCGAUGUAAUCAGCACUUCAGGGAGAAUCUAAAAAUGCGAUAGAAUACAGGGUGUUCCAUUUGAAAUAUCAAUGUUGCUACUACUUUCUAGUAGAAGCGGCAACACUGCAUUGUCGAAAAUAUUUUAAAUGAGGAGAGCGUAUUCUAAAAUAUGAGCAUGCAUAUUUUCAUGUAU